AUGUCUGCUAUUGCUGUUGAGCCUAACUUAAAAUCGUUAAUUUACUCCAAAACUUAUAAAUGGAUCUUUGUUGGUGGUAAGGGUGGCGUAGGUAAAACGACGUCUUCAUGUUCUAUUGCUAUUCAAAUGGCUUUAGCUCAGCCUGAUAAACAGUUCCUAUUGAUUUCCACUGACCCAGCUCAUAAUUUAAGCGAUGCAUUUAAUGAGAAAUUUGGGAAGGAUGCAAGGAAAGUUAGUGGUAUGAAUAACCUAUCUUGUAUGGAGAUUGAUCCAUCUGCAACAAUGAGGGAUGUAAACGAUAUGGCUAUUUCACAAGAAGGUGAUGAUAGUAUUACCGAGUUAUUGCAAGGAGGUGCUUUAGCAGAUUUGACCAGCUCUAUUCCUGGUAUUGAUGAAGCAUUGUCUUUUAUGGAGGUUAUGAAACAUAUUAAAAGACAAGAAGAUGGCGAAGGAGAUAAAUAUGACACCUUUAUCUUUGACACAGCACCUACUGGUCAUACUUUGAGGUUUUUGCAGCUUCCUUCUACUUUAUCUAAGUUACUAGAGAAGUUCGGUUCUUUAACGCAAAAGCUUGGUCCAAUGUUGAGCUCAUUAUCAGGUGCCAAGCAGAUCGAUAUGGUUCCAAAGAUAAACGAGUUGAAAGUCAAUGUUGAGAAGAUUAAACAGCAAUUCACGGAUCCUGAGUUGACUACUUUUGUGUGUGUUUGUAUUAGUGAAUUUUUGUCGUUGUAUGAAACAGAAAGAUUAGUGCAAGAAUUGAUCUCAUAUGACAUGGACGUCAAUUCUAUUAUUGUUAACCAGCUAUUGUUUGCUGAAAACGAUAGCGAGCACAAUUGUAAGAGAUGUCAGUCACGGUGGAAAAUGCAAAAGAAGUAUCUAGAGCAAAUUGAUGAGUUAUAUGAAGACUUCCAUAUUGUCAAGAUGCCUUUGUGUGCGGGGGAAAUCCGAGGCUUGGAAAACUUGACUAAAUUCUCCAAAUUCUUGAACGAUGAGUACCAUCCGGAAACGGACAAUGCUAUCAUCUACCAAUUGGAGCAAUCAAAUUGA